UGUAUUUCUACCAGUGUUUCUACUUUUUCUAGAUUUAUUUUUUACUGCAGAAGGUAGGUCUAAAGGUUUACAUGCUUUGUGAUAAUAAGCGACUUCCACAUUACUUACAAUAAUAACUUGGGCAUUAUGGUGAAAAUAGGACUUCAAAUCAAAGCUAAUUUAGACCAUGUCGAGGAACUUUACACAAAUCAUCCAAAUUAUACAUUUUUGCUAAAAUUAAAAUGUUUAAAUUGCGGCGAAACAUCGGAAAAGUGGCACGGAAUAACUGAAUCUGAAACAUUUCCAACAAAAAUGGGAAAAACUGAAACUCAUUAUUUAGCAAAAUGUAAAUUGUGUGGUAGAGAAAACAGCUUGGAUAUAAUCGAAGGCAGUAACGCUAAAUACACAAAUGAGGAUCAAGACAAGUUCAAAACUAUCGUCGUUUUUGACUGCAGAGGCAUUGAACCUGUUGAAUUCACCCCCGGUGAGGGGUGGGUCGCAAAAAUUGAAGAAAGCGGUAAAGUCUUUACCGACGUUGAUUUAAAUGAAGCAGAAUGGGUUGAAUAUGAUGAUAAAAUUAAAGAAUCUGUUGGUGUUUACGACUUACAGUCACAAUUUAUUAAAAUUAAAUAAAACAUGUAAAGAA